AUGGUGGCGCCCCCUGAAAAAUAUGCGCAUCUCAAUGCGUUGAACGACCACCUUGGAACAGAGCCAGAUAAGCUAGACGUUAUGUUUUGCGGUAUCAAUCCAGGGAAGAGGUCUGCGACUAUUGGGCACCAUUUCGCCCACCCUACGAACCACUUCUGGAGGUGUCUGCAUGGUGCACAGCUUACUGACCGGCUUCUGGAUGCGACGGAAGACGGAAUACUCCCUGAGAGCUACCAGCUCGGCUUGGUGCGCCAGGUCUUGGCUGUUACUCAACAGGCAGCUGAGCUAGCAGACACCGAGUAUACCGCCGGUGUGCCGGCACUGUUACGCAAGAUCGUGCUCCUGCGACCAUGCAUGGUGUGUUUUGUCGGGAAGCAGAUAUGGGAAUCCUUUAUCAAGGCUGCCGCACCGCGUCCCACUGGUUCUCGCGGGUCCACGCCAUCGGCCGGGAUCACAUCAGCUGAGCGAGGGGUGCACACGGAAGUAAAGCGAGUCCCGAAGCCGCCGCUUGCGUUCGACCUGCAGCCGUACAAGGUGGUACACUCGGACCGUGAGUCUCUCACCCAUUCAAUCCGACAAUCUGACGCGCGAGUGCGGGAGACCUUGUUCUUUGUCGUCGUAAGUACAUCCGGACUUGUCGCAGGCUACCAGCGCCCAGAGAAAAUCAAGCAAUUCCAGCUUCUCAAGCAGCGCGUAGACGAGCUCAAGAGUUGCUCUCUGGACACCUCUGAUAUGACUAUUAUACCGAUCCCUCCAGACCUACUUUGA